GCGUGCCCGCCCGCACACCAGUUGUGGUUCGCGCCCGCCCGCCUGUCUACUGUUGCAGUUGAUUCUCCCGCUAGCAGCUCCCUCAGCGCUCGGCCUAGGCCUACACCGACUCCGCCAGGACUCGCCCGUCGUGCCGGCGCUCCGCUUAACCUCCCACCACCCGCCGUUACUGAUCACAUGUGACAAUCAAAUGCCCCAAACAUAAUGGAAAGUGUCAGGAAUCUGGAAGAUGAGACGUUUCCAAGUUUUUUGUUGCAGUCUGUCAGGAGCGAUGGCAGUGAAAUGCUGGAAAAUGUCACUGUUACUUCAAAUUUUGGACUUCCUGUGGCUGCCUCAACAGUUGCUAAAAAAUAUGAUAUGGGUAGUAGAAUUCCAGAUACACAAACUUCAUACUUGGAAGAAGGAAGGCUUUCUGUCAUGGAAGCACAUCAACGUCGUGUUUCAAAUUCUGAAACCUGUAAAAGAUUUGUCCUUAGUUUUAAAGAUGAUUUAGAAACCUUCGAUGAUUUCAUUGGUGCUCGCAUGGAUGAACUUGAUUCUUCUGCAUCAGAAGGAAAUGCACAACAUGGGUUAUCAAGCCAGUUCCACCACAGUCGUAGUGCCAAAUCCAGGAUAGCUAUUGAAAGUCUUGAUGAGAUUUCUUCUGGGUCAAAUACUUUGACUGAUCAGACCAGCAAAAAGAAAAAUGAGGUUGCUACCAUGAGGAAAUCUGUGAAUUGUCCUGCCUCAAGACGAACAGGUGUGGCACUUGGCACGGAGCGACGCAGUGGCAGCCUAGCUAGUUUGUUAGAAGAUGAAAAGCUCCUAUCACUGGCAAGUUUAGAAGAGCUGUCCACAGAUGAUGAGUUUGAUGCAGAUGUCUUUCGGGAUGAUAGACUGGAAGCAUAUUUCAAAAAGUUGGUACCAUUAGGAAUGCAGAGGGGUCAUAUUGAAGGACAGGAGCUUCCUGAAGUCCACUCUACAGUUCAGGAGAUCAAUCAGCAUGAAUUGGAUUCCUAUUUGGGGAAAUUAGGCAAAGCUCCUUUGCAGCCAUUGGAUUGUGAUGAGGAUGGCUUUCAAAUGCCACCUGUUCGGCAAGCAGCAACUGGAAUGGAUUCUGCACCUUCAAGUGGCGAGGAUACAGAAGAUGAGUUGGACGCUAUUCAGAAACAGAGUACUUUGCCAAGAGAGGCAUUAUCCCAUGCAGCCAGGGAGAUGCUUGGAGAGAGCAAUCAGCCCAGCUUUCGACCAGGAUUGGAAGGUGGUAGUUCUGACGAGUCCAUUGGGCCACUUGAUGAACUAAAUGAGGUUGGACUUGAAUUCAGAAGAUCAGUAGAGGGUCGAGUCAUAAACUCCCCAAUUGUAGGUGAUGGAGGAGAUGGCAGCAGUGGGAAUGAAGAUGAUGGAAUUGGUGUGUCAACUCGUCCAUCUGCAACCUCCAGUCGCUGGAGACGUGAAAUAGCAGACAGAAAUAUAACAGGAGGCGAUGACCAUGAUAGCACGGCAAAUCUAUCUUCUAAUAAUGCAAUAUCUGAUCAUUUCCAAGACCUCCGAAUAGUGGAUAGGAAUGUAGCCGGACAAGAUCAAAUGCUUGGUACACUUCCGUUACAAGGAAAUAGGGAAUGUAUUCCUGGUCAGAAUGAGGAUACUUUGGACACUGGUUUGAACGAUGACAUGAAGCUGGAUUCUGUAUAUUUUCGCUCUGGCGGCGGUAAUAAUACCGCAACCAAUCAGACACUUUCCAUGCCUCUACGUCUUUCACAGAUCACCUGCUCGCCAAGUGGUGAUAACAGCUUGGGGCUUAGAGACGGACCUUGUGGCAUCGCGACAGCAGAACAGACGUAUGCUAUGGAAAAUAGCGAUGUUGCUGACCAGUCUUCAAAUGCAGGUGCAGGCCCACCUCUUGCAGCUGUCUACUUGUCUCCUGCUUAUCAAGAUGAAAGCGACUUGUGGCAAAAUUCCUCGAAAAAUAUCCUGUUUUAUGACAAGCAGGAAGCUGAAUGCAGCAUAGAUGACUCCACAAUGAAUAAUAAAGAGGCGAAAUCUGGUGUGGUUUACCAAAAUGAAGAAGGUUGCUGGGUGACUGAUCUGGCUUAUUAUUAUUCAUUGGAUCAAGAACAGGAUCAAUUCCAUUUGCCAACUGAUCUCUCUCAUAGUAUUCAAGAAGAAGAUUUUAUAAGUGGUGACAAAGCUGCUGCAUUAAUUGAAGAAGAUCAAGAAGAAUUUGAGGAAGACCACAAGUUUAUUCAGGAGGAUAAAAUGGAAGUGAUAUGCGCUGAUGAGUCACUUAGAAAUGAUUCAUGGAAGAUGCCUUCUAGUCUGAAAUUUGCAGGAUCAUCAACCACACCUGACGUUGUGCGAGAAGAUCAGAAUUACCCUCAACUCACUCCAGGAGAUUUCUUUGGUGAAAGAUCAGAGGCACUUGGAUGUCUUGGUGAACAAAAUAGUAAAAUAAAACGACCUUCGUUUGGAUAUGCCAUAAUAUCACCAAAAAGGAGAACACCAGUGGCUUUAAUUCGACCUUCUGAUUUGUCAGAAAUCCAGGAAGAAGGCAAACAACUGCUCAAGGAUGAUACACUUUGUUCAGACGAUCUGGAUCAAACUCUUUGUGGAACUUCUGCGGAAUUUUCAACUGCAUUUCUGGUUGAUAAGCAGACUGAAGAUCACAGGUUUAACAAGGAACCAAGUUCAAACAUUCAAACGAAAGAAAGUAUGAAUACAGGAUUAAGUGCAAAUUUGAAGGUUGAGGAAACUAAAUUGAACACAGAUUCAAUCUUGAGCAUAAGUACAAUUGCUUCUGCUAUAGCUGAUGCUUCAGUAAGUGCUGACCCUGCUCAGCUGGCAUCUAUGAUUUUGGAACUUUCUAAUAAAAACCGGAAGAAAAAUAAGCCGCAAGCAAUGAGUGGAGAACCCACUCACGUGAAGAGCCAGAAAAGCCAUGUGAUCAAUAACAUGGCAAAAAACCUUGAAAUCCCAGAGGCCACUAAGAGUGAGAUACCCAAAUCUGAACUCAAGCUGUUGUCUAAAUCUGUUUCUUCUGUUUUAUCUGAAAGUUCCAGGAAUCCUCAAAGCAUGUUAAAUUCAUUUUCAAUGGAAUCCAUAUCGAAUGGCACAAGCAAGCAGAAAAACAAGCAUAUUAUGCAUUCCGAAGAGAAGUUUCAGAAAGGAAAUGUUGAAAUGGCCAAUUCACUCAGACCGGUUGAGGGUGAAAUCAGAUGCAACAGUCAAAAUGCGCGCAAUGAAACCUGUGCACUUGAGACUCAAAAUCCAUCUUAUUCCAAACAUAAUAGUAGUAAAUUGACUGAUCCGAAUUUGGUGAUAAAUAAAAGUUAUUGUGAUCGUGCACCUGUAUCAAGUGUUGGAAAAGUCCAUGAAAUGCCAGCCAUGAAUGGCACCACCAUAAGAACAGCAAAACAAAUCAAAGCUCAUUGUUCAAGAGAUAAUGAAUCAAGUUUGGACAAAAUUCAAUGUAAAACAGGAACUCAAGGUGGAGCAGGAAUGAUGCAACUCCGAGAAGGGCAGUCUUCAGAAAGGAUAUCGGCAAGUGUGUCCAGGUCAGGUCAAAAUAUAACUCAAGUGUUUGCUACUUGUCAGUCCUCAGCUGUUCAAGAUGCAAUGAGAAGUGAUUCCAGUUUGUCAUGCCCAAGUAUGCAAAAUGUUGGACCUGUGGAGCAAAGAUUUAGAGGAUCAAAAAUAUAUGAAAACGAUAGAGCAAUAAUUAAAACUGCAACACCGCAUUUAGGAAGAGAUGUGCAGGAAACUCCCGAUCUCCAUGGAAAGGCAAAGAAAGACAACAUUGUGCAGUCUAAUUGCACUCCAGCUACACCUAAAGACUAUAAAUCUGAACAUGUAUCUGAAGCAGAUCAGCUAAAUUUGAGACCACUAACUUCUCCAUUGAUUCAUUCUUCACCAACCAAUGUCACAGAGCUACCAACUGCCACAAGCAGUUCAUCCUCUUUGAUGUACUCCAGCUCAAAUCUCAGUAGACUGAGUUAUAUUUCUGGUAUUGAUGCAACACUACAGAAUAGCACAGCCAUUUAUGGUCCAGUGAAUACUAAGAAUGAUAAAAUUAUUGAACUAAGUACCACAAUUAUUCGAGCAAGUCCAACAGCAACACCAGAUCAAACUAUAGUUAAUACAAGCGAGCUGACGUCAUUGGAUGGAUGUACAAAUGAUUAUUUCAAUACUAAUUCACAACCAAGGAAAUUGUGCAAUGAUGAGCAGCAAGAAAAUGAAAUCAGAAGUUCUGUAGGUAAACAUGAAAGUAGACUGGACUUAAACAAGUUACCUUCUUCACAAUCUGAGAAUGUGAAGAUACAGCAAUUGGAUUCUUCUCCAUCAGUGUCAAGCAAGUCAAUAACGUACAAAGGAUCACCUGCACAACACAAAACUGAUAAUGUUGGUGCACCUUCACAGAGCAAGAUGAAUGAACUGCAUUGCAUGGAAUCCUUGGAUGCAGCCUCCACAAAUACCAAUGGAUUGGGUGACAAAUGGAUGCCUAUUUUGAGUUUUCAACCUCAUGGAGCUGUGUCAGAUAUACCUGCAGUUCCGACAUUACUGACUGCAAAUUCAUUAUUAACAACUCCACUGGCCCAGCAAUAUCUGAGCAAUCUCACCACCAGCACCAAUUGCCUAAAUGUACCUUUGACUUCAUGUUACUUGGGGAACACUUUGUCAUCAAACAUAUACAGGCUUCCAGGUGGUUUGCCUGCUGCUAAUUUGUUCAUGGGGAAUGUUCAAGCUUUUGGAACUCAACUUGAUCCAAAAUUGGGAAUGAGGAUCCAAGACCCAGCUCAGUUCUACAAUGCACAUAGUAUACCACAGGAACCUAAUUUUCAAAUGCAGUCUGUUGGUUAUCAGCCUUCGAGAAUCGGCAUGCUUGAUCAUUGGUCAGGCGGUCCUCACAUGAGUGAUGUCGGUUGUAUAUUGCUCCCUGAGGAAUUGAGGUUUCCAAAUUCAUGCUGUGUUGGAAUAGCAUCACAAACAUCACUCAGCAUGUUCAAUCCAACCGAGAGAUGGAUGCAAGUAUCGAUUGGAGUAGUUAGUGUUGCACUGAAUGGGGAAAAGAUGGAUACAUUUGCUCAUCAGUGUUGGAUAUUCAAGAACAAAACCAUAAUUGGCCCUCAUGUCACUGAAGAUUUAAAACUGAUGUUCCUUCCACGUCACCCUGGAGUUUUUCAGUGUGUGUUAUCUGUCUCCUCGCAUUCAGUUUCAGCAGAUGCCAAUACAUUUGCCAGAGCAGAAGCACUUGCAGUCAGAGUGAUUGUUACAGCUGUGGCAGAAGAUCCUUUGGUUGAGAUUUUAGCAGAAAAAAACGGAUGCUUGGAUUUUGGUGACUUUGUACCUGGUGGUGGUAGAACACUCACUUUCAAACUGGUCAAUGAAACUCGUGCUACCAUUCCUAUCCGGCUUGUUAUCAGUGCAAAUGCUGCUGCAUGGAGAUGUUUUACGUUUUCCAAAUCUGACACAGUGACAGACAAAGCACUGCAGACUGAAAGACUCUCUCAAUUUGAUGGCCCAUUGCUCUUGAAUCAUGUGCUGCAAGCAAGUUACGAUGGAGAGGAUCCUGAAAGUCUUGUUGUGUGGGUUCGUUUUCAAGCACCUCAGAAGUACAUCCAUAAUACAGAUCCCUUGGGUGCAGCAGAGGACUACCUUGGAAGGAUUAAUGUCGAAGUUGACACUCCUGGCCCCAGAAAUGUUAUCAACUCCAUACAUCUCUGUUCCCGAGUUGGAGUUGUCAGAAUCCACGCUCCCAAAAACCAGCAAACACUCGUAAUGUCUGCUGAAGCAGGUGUAACAGCUAAACAAAUUCUACUUCUAAAAAAUGCAGGAAAUAUCAAUGCAGAGCUGAAUAUUCAGGCUGCAGAUUCUAGCUGUUUUCUAGUGCAGCCAGAAAAUAUCCACAUUCGGCCUGGAGAAGAAUCCGAAGUAGUUGUUUCACAUACACCAAAGGAUACACAAAGUGAAAUACAAAGCCAAUUGGUUAUUCUAGUUCAGCCUUUUGGCCCCCAAUAUGAAGUUGGCUUAAAAGGAUUGCUUUGGAAACCUGAAUUGGAUCAAUCCAUCUCUUCAUCUUCAAGUUCCUCGGUGGAGAUACCGCCAAUUCUGUCCAACAAGCAAUUUAUGGCAUGGGGAGGCGUCUCUCUGGGAAGGACAGUUCAUCAGAAACUCAUCCUUAGAAAUAGUUCUUCAACUAUUACACAGCAGUUACGCCUGUUGAUCAAAGGUCAAGAUCAAGACUGCUUUCAGUUACAGAGUACAUUUGGCCCUGAAGAAAGGUUGACCAAUAAUCGUGAAUUGAUGGUUUGUCCUGAAGAAGAUGUCCGUGUGCAUCUUUUGUUUGCACCAACACGGGUAGCUUGCAUGUUGGCAAGUCUUGAAAUUAAGCAAUUGGGGAUACAUUCAACUCGGUCAGGAGUAAAAUUCAGAAUUCCACUUUCAGGUUAUGGAGGAACAAGCAACAUCAUACUGGAAGAUGUAAAAAAGACAUCAGGCAGCUAUGUGCUGAAUUUAAAUGAUAUUGCGCCAGACAAAGUGAGCAAGAUCAGUUUCUACAUGAGAAAUACCGGUUCUCGAGCUGCUUAUGUCAAGGCAGCUUGUUUCAAGGAUUUACAGAUAAAAAACAUUAUGACUACCGAAGAUAUCAAAGUUUCUCCAGCGCAAUUUGUACUCAAAGAACGGACUCGACAGGCAAUCACAGUAACCUACCAUGCCACUCCAAGAGAGUGUUUUCAGUCUGAAACUGAUUCAGCGCUACUGAGCAUAAUUUGUUUCUUUUGUGGUGAUGAGGUGGCACGGCAGCAGCUUAGAAGAGCACUUGCCCACAAUCGUCAGGCACUCGAGCAGAUCAUGCGUGGAGAUAAUCCACUUCAAAAGAUAGACUUCACUCAAACGUUUUCUGGUGAAGAAUUGGUAUCAGAAGUCUACGACAUACCAAACGGACCAAAAGAUGUCCAUAUUUUCUAUGGGAAUCAGAAAAAAGUGAUGCUUUCUGUAACUGCAAGAUCUGCAUUCCGUGAGUUGCCAAAUACAGAAGACUUGGAUUCAUUUUCUCAAGGGAUGAAUGUUGCUUCUGAAAGCGCCCUUGGAAAUUCGGAAAGAAAUCCAUCUAAUGCAUCACUGGAUGUUCUUCCAGUAAGGGGACCACAAGGCUCUCCAUUGCUUUUGCAUAAUUCUAAUCAAGUGCAGAGCCAAUCACCCAAGCCCAAGUAUUCAUGGACAGUGCGGCCUGAGCAUUUGAUUCUUACGGUGGCAUCAACUGAUGGAUCAGUACCAACUGGACGGGUACAGAUUAGAAACCACUCCACUCGGUCUUUGUCUUUCGAGCUCACUUGGCCAGCGCACACCUUAACGGUGACGCCCCAACAUGGAGUUGUUGACCCAGAGAGUCACUUAUUAAUCCUUGUGAGUCCAAAUCCUUCUCUUGUUGCUAAACCUUCUGCUGUGCCAUGGAGUGGGAAGAUUUAUGUACAAUGUGAUAAUCAGCAGCAGUUAAUUAAAGUACAAAUUCGGGAAGAUGUCACGAUGGACGCUUCUGUAGCUGUACAAAGUCCAAAUGUGAUACCAGACACAGAACCUUGGACACCUAACCUACAUCAUUCAAUUAUUCCAUCAAACUCUCCACCUGCGAUACUAAAGAUAAAGAGUCGCACUGCACAUUUUCCCUCUACAGAAGCUGGGUCUAGCUCGGAAUCAUUAUUGGAAAUUGAAAAUGCUGGAGGAGAAACUAUACAAUGGUUUUUAUCAUCAUUUGCACCUCCCUAUGUAAAGUGGGUAGAUGAUAGUGGAGACGUAUACAGAGCAACCUACUCAGCCUUCCGAUGGUCUAGAGUGUCUGGUACAUUGCAGGGGCACACCAAUGAAGAGUUGCCUGUCUAUUUUAUGCCUCGAGAUAAGGGGGACUAUGCUCAGUUUUGGGAUCUGGAAUAUCGUCUGGUUGCAGAGCCACAUAUGAAGGACAAGGUUCAGUUUCAACUUCAUGGUGUGGGAACAAAAGCCAAAGUGAGCUCCAAGGAAACUGAUUCAGCCACGGAACUGGUAAAAACUGAAGUGGCAGUGAAACCAAGAAAGUCAGAAAGAAUAACCAAAACUGGCCGAGAGUUUCCAAACAAGGGUGUAUAUGCUCCUGAGGAUUCAUACUCGUUCCCUGCAAUUCCUGUUUGGCAAUCAGGCACGAUAAAGGUUCAUUUACGCAAUAGUAGUUGUGUUGCACAUUCGCUGCAGUUUGUAAACCCCAGAGAGCCAUUUUAUAUCAAGCAUUCCAAUUAUUCAUUGCGUGCUCAACACUACAUCAAUCUGCCUGUCCAGUUCAAACCAGAGUGCGAGGGAAGAUUCGAGGCAUUGCUCGUGGUACAAACAGACACGUGUGGAAGUAUCCCUAUUCGACUUGUUGGUGAAGCUAUUGCAAAAGUUUUCACGAAAUAGAGCUGCUUUAUCAACGGAAGUACCCGAUUACAGAACUAACCUCACUAGCAAAAUGUAGAAAUCUUGUAACAAUUUGAAAAAGCACCUUUUCUGUACGUUUUAAUAUUGGAAUUUGUAAAUUUAAGCUAUUUAUACACUGCUGCCAUUUUGGUUCAACAACUCCACUGUGACGUUUGAAAAGGAGAAAAAUAUUUUGGUAAACAUUUGUACCAUACUAAAUAGAAACCCAGCGUAUUGUGGCAGGGCUAUACUGAUUCUGCCCUUUCCUUCAGUAUUGUAUAACUAAUCACUUUGCACAAGCUUUAUUUUUGUGGCUGGUUUUAUAUUUUGAUGUAUAUUUGAAAUAAAGUUAGUAUUGUAUAUAGA